CAAUAUACCCGUAUACAAUUCAUUCUUCACAGAGUAGCAACCAUGGGUGAUGAUCCUCAUUAUGAAAAGAGACUUGCACACGCAAGAGUUGGGUCCUACUUUCUGGGACCCAAGGCCGAAAACUUCCACAUAUUGAACGAGUUGAUGGGUAAAGUGCUGCAAGAUCAGCAGACAGUGCGCCAGAAUCUCUACCGCGAUGAUCCAGCAUUCAUCACGCCUGGUAUGAUGCAAGCUGAGACUUACACCGAGAGUAUUGAUGAGCUUCGAGAAUAUGUCAAUGAUCUAUCAGAGGGCCUUGCGCUGCACUCGAUUCCAUUUUGGUCGCCGCGAUACAAUGCCCACAUGAACAUGGAUGUUGCGCUGCCUAGUAUCAUUGGGUACAUGGCGACAAUGAUGUACAACCCCAACAAUGUCGCAACAGAGGCAAGCCCUCUAACCACAGAGAAAGAAAGGGAGGUUGGAAUGGAUCUCUGCUACAUGUUGGGCUAUGGAUAUAACGGUGUCACGCCUUGGGGCCAUAUUACCUGUGACGGUUCAGUCGCCAACCUUGAAGCUAUCUGGGCAAUCCGAAAUCUCAAAUUCUAUCCAUUGUCCCUCAUGCUUGCCAUAGGCAUCAAGGAAAGCAAAAAUGAAAGCAAAGGCAUAGACCCGCCGCUCAACUUUUUGGCCCAUGCCGAUCCCCCGUUUCUCGUGGAAAACUGCAAAGGAGAGCAGAAGCCUUUUGUUGAGCUCGACACAUGGGAGCUGCUAAAUCUCAAACCGAGCACGGUGUUGGAGCUUCCUACUCGACUCACUGACGAGUACUCCAUCACAGCUCAGUUUCUACAGGAUGCUCUCAAUCCGUAUCUAGUCCAGACGGUCGGAAAAGACUACUUGGAGCGCUGCUUUGACAUUGAAAAGUCGGGUAAAUUCUUUGUUAGCACGACGAAGCACUACUCCUGGCCAAAAGGUGGUGCAAUCUCGGGCAUUGGAUCUGACAACUUCAUCAACGUUGCGGUGGAUGAAGAUGCGCGCAUGGACAUUAACGACUUGCGAAUUCACCUAGAUAAUUGCAUUGAUAGCCACACUCCAGUCUAUGGAGGCGUCGCUAUUAUGGGGUCGACGGAGCAUGGCGCCUGCGAUCCUCUCGCCGACCUCGUGAACCUAAGGCAAGAGUAUGAGUCUAAAGGAUUGUCGUUCGCGAUCCAUGCUGAUGCGGCUUGGGGAGGCUAUUUUGCUUCUUUCAUCGAUCGCUCCCUAAAAGGCCCUCCGUCAAAUUUACUCCCGCUUGUCCCUGCGCUGACACUUCAGCCCUACACAAUGGAGCAGCUUUACAGCCUUCAGUAUGCAGAUAGCAUCACCAUUGAUCCGCAUAAGUCAGGAUACGUAAACUAUCCCGCAGGCGGACUCUGCUAUCGCGAUGAGCGUAUGAAAUACCUCAUCACCUGGACCAGUCCUAUCGUAUACCAUGAUGGAGACGCAAAGGGGAGCAUGGGCGUCUAUGGUGUUGAAGGCAGCAAACCUGGCGCGGCAGCGGUUGCUACGUGGUUGACGCACCGAAUGCUCAAGCUCCAUCCUCAGGGUUAUGGCAGAUUACUUGGCGAAGCUGUCUUUACUUGUACCAAGCUUUACUGCCAUUGGGCAACGAUGACUAGAGAUGAAGAUGAUCUUAUCGUCUGCCCUCUAAUUCGACUCCCUAGUGAGAAGCAAGCUGGUCAUUCAGCAAGUGACAUUGAGAAAGAGAAGAAACGCAUCCGGGAAAAGAUUUUAAGAGUAUCAAACGAGGAUCUUGUAAAUGACCCAGAGAACAUGGAAUUUCUGAGCACGCUAGGCGGCGACUUGAUGAUCAACGCAUUUGCCUGCAACUUCAAAGUCAAUGGAAAGGUAAACGAUGAUGUGAAUGAGGCAAACUAUCUCAACCAGUGUAUUUUCAAGCGUCUUUCUGUAACAUCAAUGGACGAUGUCGUUGCUUCGCGACCACUCUUCUUAACCUCAUCGACUUUUGGUGAAGAUACAUAUGGAAAGUGCCUCGAGAGUUACAAGCGCCGUUUGCAGCUCGUCAAUGGAGAAAAUCCUGCCCGUGGCGAUCUGACAUUCUUGGUCAACGUAACGAUGAGCCCAUGGCCCACUGACCAGGAUUUCCUCGGCAGUUUAGCUGAAGACUUUAGGCGUGUUGCUGAUGAAGAGGUUAAAAAAUGUAUUAUCCGCAACAAGAUCGAGCCUGACAUCCAUGGCUUCGUCAUGCAGGGUCUCGACCAGAUUCAUCUUGUCCACAUACCCAUGUUUCAAAUGGCCAACCACCGCUGGCAGCUCAUCAUCACUGCCGAGUUCCCUAAAAAUGCCAAACAGCGCUACCAGCAACUUCGCAGAGAAAAUCCAGAUAAGUUCUACACUGUGGCCAACACGCAGAAGGAACUACUUGAGCAUAUGAUCAAACCAGGCGUUGAGAUCGAGUGGCGCCUGGACGAAGGCAUACCUGCACCUGGUACAGAACCUAUCAUGACCUUCAAGCUGUCCAAUGUCCGCGUGGUGGUUCGAGAGUCAAUGUUUUUCAACGCCCUAGACCAAGCUUACCCUGAUCGCAUGCCUUUUUACUUGUAUGGAAGCAACGCUGAGGCGCAUCUUGACCAUGUGCUCAAGAAGGCCCCCAACGGCAUGAUUAGCGCUGAUAGCGUGAAGCUGGCCCUUCAGCCCGAGUUGAGUGAUGAACAACUUGCCCAUGGCGUUGUUGCGGUGUUUGAAGAUGUUUUCGAGAAUGCUAUUCAACCAUUGCCUCUUAGCGAUGACUCGAAUAUUUCUCUCGCGGCUGCUGGCUUGAGUCUGGUACCUGGUCGGACGCAUAAAACAUCUGUAUAUGAGAGCUAUGAAGCCUACAAGAGUGGAAGUGCGCCUGUUGCGCGAGGCAGCAUCUCCCUUGGAGAGUAUAUCUUUGCGGAUUGGAAGGACGUCAACAUGGAUCCAGCUUGUGACAUGCCAUGA